AUGGCGUCACCAUUAUCUUCUCUCUCCUCCAACUCUUCUUCACUCUUGCACCACACCUUCACCGGAAGCUCGAAGGUUCCAAUUCACUUCCCCAACAAAACUGCGCGCUUUUUGGUCUUCGCUCAAAAGAAGGCAAAGAAAACUCGAAAGAUUAUUUUGAAGGAAGAUGUGGCUGAUGUGGGAAAGCAGGGGGAACUUCUUGAUGUCAAGGCUGGUUUUUACAGAAACUACCUGCUUCCUAUGGGAAUGGCACAACUUGUUACACCCCAGAUACUCAAGGAAAUGAAGAUAGAAGAAGAAAGAAUUGAGGCUGAGAAAAGACGGGUAAAAGAAGAGGCACAACAACUUGCUCUAAUUUUUGAAACUGUUGGGGCUUUCAAGGUGAAGCGUAAAGGUGGUAAAGGAAAACAAAUUUUUGGAAGUGUCACUGCUCAAGAUCUUGUUGACAUAAUCAAGGCACAGCUUCAAAGGGAGGUGGACAAGAGAAUUGUUGAUCUUCCAGAGAUAAGGGAAACAGGAGAAUAUGUUGCAGAGUUAAAGCUUCACCCAGAAGUUACAGCUAGAGUGAAGUUGAAUGUUUAUGCCAACUAA